AUGGAAACCAGAGAAUUUAUGAAAACACAACACCACCCAAAAACUUUAAAACCAAACUCAAAAGAAUACUUUAAAACAAGAAAUGACUAUUAUCAAAAAGAACUACUAAACAAAGAAACGAUAGAACAAAGAAAUCAAGAAGAAAUAGAAAAACUAUUAAAGGAAUUGAAUGAUAAAAAAGAACUCUUAAAAGAAAACGAAGAAAGAUUACAAAGAAAUGAAAAGUUCAAAAAAGAAGACCAAACCUGA